AACUGGAGCUAAUCUGCCCCUUUUUCCUACACUCCCUCCCGAUGCCAAUCCCUGACCCAUCCUUUAGAGCAUUUUUCCAUUCUGCAGCCCUAGCCGCCCGCCGUACAUUCUCCAGCCCCUGCCCCACGGUAUCCACCUAGCUGCGCCGCACCACCUUCUACGUGGUUGAACUGGAUAACGAGAAGAUCUUCUCUCCAUUUUGUCUCUGUUCUUCGAUUCGGCUGGACCAGGAGAAGCUUUGAUUCAUCUGCUGCUUUGUCUCAGCUAUAUCAGUCGCAUAGCUGAAAAUCUGGAAUUGUGGGCUGCAUUCCAGUUAUGGCUUAUCUUCAAUAUGGUAGAAAUGCCUUACGGCAUAUUAUCAAAGAAACUAACCUUAAGAGGUCUGAUGGUGCUAUACAUCCACUUCUCUAUGCUUGCCAGGGAGCUCGAUUCAGAAAGUUAGAAGUUAUUCUUACAACGAACAUAGAAAAGCUCGGGAAAGCUGGUCAGACAGUUAAGGUUGCUCCUGGGCAUUUUCGCAACCACCUCAUGCCCAAAUUGCUUGCUGUUCCUAAUAUUGACAAGUUUGCCCAUCUUAUCAGGGAGCAGCGCAAGAUUUAUCAACAUGAGGAAGAAGAAGAAGUUAAAGUAAUUAAAGAGACUGAGGAAGAUAAGAUGAAAGAAUAUGAAACAGCAGCAAAACGUUUAACUAAUUCCAAGCUGACAAUUAGGGCAAUCAUCAAUACUGAAAAAUUCAGUGCUCGCGCAACAAAAGAUGAGCCCAUAGAAAUUCGUUCACCAGUAACAGAGGAUGACAUUGUGAGAGAGGUUGCAAGGCAGCUUAAUGUGCAAAUUGAGCGGGAUAAUAUACAUCUUCCAUUGCCUUUGCGCACUUUUGGAGAACAUGAAGUUCAACUACGCUUGCCUAAGUCUAUCCCAUUGCCAGAGGGGAAGGUUAACUGGACUCUUACCGUUAAAAUCCGGGGUAAAUAAAGAACUACUUUACAGGUGCUACAACCUUUGCAAGGAUUUUAUGACGGUUUUCAUCUUAUUUGAAAGCUAUACAGAUUUUCAGAGCUGAGCCAAGCACUUCAACACCUUGACAUUUUCUUCGAGGCCCUGAAAUACUUUUUUUUCUUCUUUUUGGGUCUACGAGCAUUCAAUAAUCAAUUCGGAUGAGAAUUCAUGGGGGAUGAAUUUUGAGUAUUGCAAUUUUAUCCCAUAGUGUUGGAAGUGGCUGUUAUAUUUAACCGUGUGUCUUGUCGCCUAAGUUCGUUAUUAAAAUUGAACAGUAUUUUUGAAAGUGGGAUAGGUUUUAUAUAAAAUUCUCAUCUUUAAAAAUGUUA